GUCGCCGCCGCCGCCACCGCUGCCGUCGUUGUCGUGGUAGUCGUCGUCGUCGUCGUCGUUGCCGCCGUUGCUGUCGCCGUCAGUGUCCGAUUUACUUCCGGCCGACCCAACGGGGCACCGCGCAACACACACACAUACACACACACACACGCGUGCGCGCACACACUCRCACCACUUAUACAUUCACUCACACACUCACACUUGCACACGCACAGAAUCGCGCGAAGAACGUACCACUACAGCGCACGCGAUCACGAGUGUCGGCAGUUCGCGAACCCAGCCGGUACUACACCUAUAUGCGACCUCGUGAAAACAUCGCGAUUUCAACUCGAAUCCGUGAACAUAACUGUCYCAAUCGUCAUUUAUUCGCUUCGUUGUAAUUAUAAUUUUUCGAAUUARUAUUUCGACCCAUUUAUCCCGCACAACCCGCCGAUCGCUGCUGCGGAAAACCGGAAAUUUUCUUCGCUGCCAAGUGUCACCACCGGUGCUUAUUCGUCGUUUUUAGUCUCUGCUUUCUACGCUAUCGAUACCUACCUAUUAUAUAUCAUAUCAUAAUAUAUAAAUUAAACGCCGACGGUUGAACUUAUUGUAUUUUAGCCGAAGACCAGUCACCGUCUCAGUGCGCCCCAGCGUCGUCAUAAACAUACGAAUAUCGGCACACAAUGUCCGGUCGUUCAGCGGUCGUCAGGGUUUAACGGCAACGGUCACCGAACACAGGGUCUGUACUGAUACUCAAAACCGCGGUGGGACGUCGGCAGUGAUCCACGACAUAUUAUAUAUCAUUGAAUAUAAUACAUCACACCGUUGCACUCGAUURCGAUGAUGGCCGACAACAACAACGACCUCGGUUGCCAGGACUGGAACGCAAGCCCCGCUGACGGGAAAGUGGUCGACUUCUACGACGGCGCGUCGGUGUUCGUCACCGGUGGCACGGGGUUCGUGGGCAAGGCAUUGAUCGAGAAGCUGCUCAGGUCGUGUCCCGGUCUGAAGAACAUUUACCUGCUGAUCAGGCCCAAACGGGGCAAGGACAUAGAGUGCCGUUUCCAGGAACUGUUGGAAAAUCCG